CUUUUGCCAGUUACUUUGCAGUCAGUGUCGAAGAUGCAUCGGCAGAUGAUCGCUUUUUCCCUAUUGAGUUUUGGUGGUUUCGCCGCUAUUAAUGCCGAGCCAUUAAAUCGAAAUUUACGUUACAAUUAUCAAUUGUCACUUACCGAUUGUGUCAAUAGUAAUUCAUCUCAAUGUGGUGCUACAAAUAGUAAAAUAAAUUCUAACUCAACCGCGAAUAAAGAUGAUGAUAAUAAUAAUAAUAGUGCGGUUGUCAAGAAUGAUAAAGAGCAAGUAUUAUCGAAUGGAGAAAAUAUUUUUAUUGAAGAAGGAAGGGGAAAAAAGAAAAAGGGCUAUGGAAAAAUGUUCAUGAUGAUGGCAGGUGUCGCAAAAGCAACCUUACUUUAUGCAAUGGUACAUGUCGUUGGGGCCUUGGCUACUAAAGCUCUGAUUGUGGCAAAAGUAGCUUUAGCCAUUGCGACAGCUAUCGCUUUGAAGAAAGCUCUAGAACAUCCAGAAAAAACAUCUUAUGAGAUAAUAAAGCAUCCACAUCAUUCGUAUAUUAAUACACACAGUACGAGUGUCGAUUAUGAUCAUCAUGGAAGUCCCGACGACACCGGUGGAUAUCGAAGAAGAAAAAGAAGGAUUCGAUAAAUUUAAUGAUAAAAAGAAUUUUUUGUAACAUUUAAAAAAAAUCCUCAACAAAACCAGUACAAAAUCUUUUCUAUAAAAAAAUAUAUCUUUCACACGGAAAAACCUUUAAGCAGUCUGCUCACCCGAAACUUAUGCGUCAGCGCCACCACUAAACUUGUUCAUCUGCACUCCCAAACUGGGUGACCAACGUACCCAGUUGUAAUUUUCUAAACUUUUUGGGAAGUUUGUCUAUCGAAAACGGUAAUGCUACGCACCCAGUGGCGGGCGAUCAGACUUUCCAUGCAGUGAGAAGCGAAAUUUUGUGACAGUGGGAAGGCAGACUUCUCAAAGGUUUUUCCGUGCAGGUUAAAAAAUUAUCUAAAAAUCACAAAUCAAAUAAUACAGCAAAACUGCCUCAAUAUUUUGCAAGUUUCACAAAAUUGCAAAUUGAAACAUUGAAACAAUAUUUCUAUAAAAAAAGAAAAUCAUUUUAUUUAAUUUAUCGUGUAUUGCAAGAGUUUAUAAUUAUUUUUUAUUUUAUUUACUAUUUAUUAAUUUCAUUAGUUAUAUUAUUUAUUCAAAUUUAUUUGUAAAGAAAGUACCUACAUAUUUUUUUAUAUUCACUUUAUGCAUUUGUAUAUAUAUCAUAUACUAUAAAGUUAAAUACAAAUUAUUACAAAACAAAAACAUUCAUAUGAUAAUAAAAUAUUUACAGUUUAAUGACAAAUAUGUGGAACGCUCGUCGUUUAAAAAAAAAGAAAAAAAAUUAUAAUAAUGAGAUAACUUUCCUCGCAGAAAUAAAAUUAUACUGACUAUAAAUAAAAGGAGUGGAAUACAAGUUUUCUCGAAUGAAAUAUAUACUGUGUACUUUUAAUGUCUUAGGUAGAUCUUCGUCGUAAAUAUUGCGCUUCCUUUAGUACAACCAAACCUGGAAUAUCUUUAAAUCUUCCUACGAUUUACUCUGCAUUAAGCUUGCUCUUUUCCUACUAUAUUGUAUACUUGAGGGUCAAUCUCAUUACGGGAAAAACGGAGCUGAACUCAGCGCAUAAUGACUGAAUCGAGAUAAAAGAUUAUUUGUUUAUAUGGUACAAAAGCAUUUAUAAUAAUUUGAAGAAACAGGAAAUAUUGCGACCCCUUUGGCUUUCUUUAUUUUUAAUGUCAGAGCAAAACAAUAUUCUUUUUUAUUUGUCUAAUUUUAUAUGUCAUUUUUUUUCUUUAUAUAAAAAGACGAGUAAAAAUA